UCUAUAUCAUUUUAUCGAUCAUUAAGUUCCGACAUUUGUAAUAACGCCCACGUCUUUCACAAAAUGGCCGCUCGUCUCGUUUUACUGCUCGGCAUCUCGUCGAUUGUGAUGCAGAAUGCUUUAAGUCAAUGCGUGAAUCGAGUCGGGUGUGGACAAACUGUAGUCGAAGGUCUCCUCCCGAACCAGCUGUUACUGCGUGAGCAAGGGUUACCCCUUCUACCGACUGUGCCCGGGCCCCUCUGUCCUGGGCCUCUCAUGCCGGGACCUAUUAUACAGGAGGGCUUUGGAUACGCCCCCACUGUGAUCCAAGACAGCAGUGUAGCCAACAGCUUAGCUAAUGCCUUGCAGCUUUUGGUAGUAAGUAAUCUCCUGAGCAGCACCCUGCCGGGCCCCUGCGACAACUACCCCUUAGAUUUCGUGGGGCUGCCCACUUAUAAUUACAUUUAUUGAUUAAUUAAUAUUGUAUAUUUAUUUUAUUAUUGUUAAUAAAUUUAUUUUGAUAUAAAGAGU